AUGUCUAUCUUUUUGAACAUUCUUGUUGUCUUGUGCACUUUUGCAGUUUUGUCAAAUGCUUGUAGUGAUUCAGCUUCGAAGUGAGUUCAAUAUCAACUUAUCCUAUCUUAUCUCAUCCUAAUUCAAUUCCAGCUGCGCUAAUUGGGUUCGAAAUGGUUUCUGCAAAUCGUCCUAUUACACAUAUACCCAAAAGAAAGCUCAAUGUGCAUUAAGUUGUGGAUAUUGUGGUUCAACAUCAACAGCAUCUGGUUCAGCAACAUCUUCAUGUUCAGAUAAAAUCGCAACUUGUGGUUAUUGGGCUGCAAAUGGUUUCUGUACCAAUGGUUUCUAUAAUACAACAAUUCAAGCUCAAUGGUGCGCAAAUACUUGUGGAUUAUGCAGUUCGACUUCUGAAGCGACUACUGAAGGAUCCACUGAAGCCACAACUUCUACCUAA